AUGAAUUCAUCGCAAUCGGAUCCCUCCGUAUCUGGGACAAUCGCUUUGAUUACGUUCAUCAGUACUAUUCCACCUAAUGUCGAUCCUUUCAUGGCAACUUCUCAAUGGCUGACCGAGACUCAGAGUGUAGCGGCAAGUAUUUGGCCUUAUAUGAUUGCAUUGGAAUUUGGUACUCGAGUAUUGAUAUAUCUUCGAGUUUCAAAUGGACGUUUUUCAAUUGGAAGUGUGACUCGCUUGACCAUUGCCUGCAUGACUCUUCAAUUGACGGUGCAAGACGGACAUGAUACGUAUGCACAGAUACUAGCACUAUAUGGAAGCAAAUUCAUCACCCUCUAUCUAUCCGCGUGGGUGUUUUGUUGGGCAUGCGCUUGCCAGUGCGCAUUAGCCAGUUUGGAGCGGCCUUGGUACGAGUCGCUUCACAAAGCUACUUCGUCUUCCAGGUCUCCGAAGAGACAAGACAUAAUCCGGUGGGUGAUCAAUGUGUUGGUACCGGGUGUGGCGGUCUCAUCUACUGCAGUCAUAAUAUGGUCCUUCGUGAUGAGCCAGUUGACGUAUCAGAGGCUGCAGAAAACUCUUCGGGCUGUACACGCCUCAUUAGACGCCGCUUCUGAAAAGUUUGAUCCAAAAACUUACAAGAUUUCCGACUUGAUAGAAGCUCUCACACCAGGCCAGAAGAUAACAACGAUCUUGAUCUACACUCCUUUACUUUUGGCCACACCUCGAGCCAUGAGACAACAAGCAGCGGCAAAUUUCAAACCAAACAUGAACAAUACUACUUCUAUCAUAGAAGGACGAGAGAAGAGACGUCCAUUUUCUUGGCGAAGACCGAUGGGUAACACGAAUAUUGAAUACGCCAUCUUGUUGGCAAUGGGCUGGUUUGUCGAGUUGGCUGCUCUGAGUUAUUUACCAAUGAUUAUCUGGCAGUCAUGGUCCCAACCACGCAUGCCGACUGUGCCCGUGGAGAGCCCCCGACGUCUGGGCGGCCCGCACGGGCACUGUUCACUGGAAAGACUUGCUGAGCGAAAUUUGACGGAUAGUGUGAUGAUCAUGGCAAUUACUCAAACACGACGCCUACUGACGCGAUCUAAAGGAGGAUCGAGUUCUGAACUCAGUUCAGGGCUACGAUCUCUGACAUACUCCGCAAAAACGCUCCAGAAGCAAUCCAUUGCUACUUCAGGAAGUCCAGAGCCGAAGCAAGAAUUUGAUAAAUCCGUUCAAAUCACGAUUCCUGAGGCGGCUGUCCACCCUCCUGACUCACCGGUCAGCCCGUUUGACUUUGGCCAUACACCGGCUGUAGCCCCGCUUGAAUAG